AUGCCACCACCAAAAGGAACUCCCAACCCUCUUGAAGGACCAGGGGACUACACCACAACACAAACCAUCCACAGCGACACCUACCCGGCCAUCUCCCCCUCAAACUUCAACUACAACGGCCUCGCCGUCUUCAUAAUCGGCGCAUCCAAAGGCCUCGGCCGCUCCAUGGCCCUCUCCUACGCAUCCGCAGGCGCAUCCUACAUUGCCGCCGGCGCUCGCUCCUCGCUCUCCCACCUCGCACCCCUCAUCGCCUCCGCAGCAACAUCGGCCGGCCACCCAGCACCGCAAUUCCUUCCCUUAACCGUCGACGUCACCUCGCGUACCAGCGUCGACGCCGCCGCCCACGCCAUCACCUCACAAUUUGGCCGCAUCGAUAUUGUUGUGCACUCCGCCGGCGCCAUCCUUAACCGCAGCCUGCUCGCGGACAGCGACCCGGACACCUGGUGGGAUGAGAUGCGCCUGCACGUGCUGGCGCCCAUGCUCGUGGCGCGUGCAUUUGUACCGCUGCUACUGGCGUCGCCGCGCGCAUAUCUGGCGUUUGUGUCGUCUGUGGGUGCGUGGUGUGCCAGUCCGACACUGUCGGCGUAUCAGACGGGGAAGGCGGCGUUGGCGAAGUUGUGCAUGCAUAUCGAUGCUGAGUAUGGCGGGAAGGGGCUCACGACGUUUUGUAUUCAUCCGGGGAAUGUGCCGACGGAUAUUGUGGGUGGGAAGGAGGGUGUGAGUGGGGGUGUGUUGGAGAGGGUGUUUGUGGAUAGUGAGGAGAUUGCGGCACAUACGUUGGUUUGGGUGACGAGUGAGAAGAGGGCGUGGGUGGGUGGAAGGUAUGUGAAUGUUACGUGGGAUAUGGAUGAGUUGGAGGCGAGGAGCGGGGAGAUUGUGGAAAGGGAUUUGUUGAAGGUUACGUUGGCGGUCUAG